AUGUGCAAGUGCGCUCUAAGGAGCAUCUUUUUACGCGCGAAUGCCGAGCGUUCAAUUCCGGUUGUUUUUUUUUUCAGUUUCAACUUGCAUCUAAUUUUUGUGUGUGUUCUCUUUGUGAAUGAUAUUAGUAUGGAAAUAACGUUUUUCAGACGAGCAUGUCCUCAGAAAAUGACGUUGUUAAUUUGUUGCACGCCAAGUUCGAACAAACGCGGCAGUUCUAUUCCGACUACUUGUCAGAAACAACUAUGAAAAAGUGUAUGUUAUAUUUAGAACCGUUCUACCUAUUUUAUCGUUUUUUCCAGUGUCAGCUCCGUUGAAAAACCUACUGAAUGAAGCUUCCGAGUUGAACUCGAAGUAUUUGAAGCUAAACGAAGAGCUUCAAGAUGUGGAUAAAACGAGAGAAACUGAGUUUGAAAGUAUUGUUGAUACGCUAGCACAGGUUUGAAGUCAUAUAUUUAUUCAUUGAUAGAUGCAGUGUUUUUCAGAGUUUGGGAAUCGAUUUGAGUGAGGUAAAAGAAAGGAAGGUAGAAGCUGGGCCUUCUACAAACGUUUCUGACUCUAUAUUAGAAGAAAAGUCGAAAGGAACCGCGCAAGUUGAAGAAGAAAAGGAGAAAGAAGUUGUUGCACAGCCAGCUAAGGUCUUUUUGAAUGUGUUGCAAGUUUCUUAAUUUUUAUUUUCAGCCAAAAACUCUGGUUCCUUUGUUAGAAAAGGAAGAUUUUGAGAGUAUACCAAAGUAUAUGCGAGGCAGGUUCACCAUUGAUGAUUUGAAUGAGGUAAGAGAUAUGAAAUUCUUAGUUUAAAGUAAAGUUCCCUUCAGAUGGUUUCGAAAUUCGACGAGUUUAUCACGAAAAAGCGGACUUUGUUGAGGAAGCCUCCAAAGCUGUUGACCAAGAAUGAAAGAUUGUUGGUAGACCAGUGGCGAGAACUCGUUAGUUUCUAAUUAUUUCUUAUUUCUGCUGGCUUUUGGCCUUAAAAAAAAAAGAAAAAUCUCUUUUUUUACACCCAUUGAAAAAGCUUUGAAAUUUUUUUCAACGCUUUUCGCCCUUUUAACGAUUUGUUAAUGCUUUUAAAAGCCUUGAGAGCCUCUCAACGGAAGAAAUUCUUCCAUUGCUGUACUGUACCAAUGUGUGAUCGAUACCCUCGGCGUGGUCUGCUCUGGCAGACGCACCUGUUUCUCACUUGGUCCCUUGGUUUAACACCCAUAAAUAUUACACAGAAGAGCCGGUGACCCUGGUGGUGUAUCAGCUUUUUUGAGUCGCAAAACUUUCCUGAUAUUCUUUUUCACACCUUUUAUUGGCAACUUUUCUUUUGUAAGAUAAUAACUUUAUCGAGUAGUUUUCGGCACAGCAGUUUGCUUUAUUUCGCUUCAGAGAGAGUUUGUUCGCAUUUUCAGAUUGUCAGUAAAAAAAAAAUAGAAACUGCUAAUUCGGGAACAUUUAACCCAAAGAAAUACAUCUCAUUUUCGAGUUAUAGAGCUUCAAAGUGUACAAAAUACGCAAAUUAGGCCAAAUAGCGCUAUUUCGGGCUUUCGAAGUGUCCUAACUCGAAAACGAAAUCUGUUGCGAGAAAUUUUCUUUUCGGUAAAAACGUUCCCUAGUAAGCCAAAUCCGAAGUUUGUAUGAUUUCCCAUUUUUCUAGGAAGUCAUGAAGACCAGAAGUCCAUACUUCUGUUUCGACACCGACAUCAAGCCUUUGAUACAAGAACGACUUCGACCACAACUUCUCAAGGCGAUUCCGUGCCUCAGGCACGUCCGAAGGAUCACCGAAGAGCGCGUCGGCAACAAAACUGUCUAUCAUCAUUGUUGA